CACCGCCAGCAGCACUGUUUCACUGUUUAACUUGAUGCAACGUCCACAGCGCAUAAUAACACAGACGCACAUACAGGCACAGCACAGCACCUUUUCAAACUAAACCAGGCUAAUAAGAUUCAGAGUAGGAGGUGCAAGAUCCACCAAGCAGAAACAUACACUUGCGCUGGAGUACUGAGAGAGAGAGGGAGCGACUGGGAGUGAGAGAGAGGCACUGACAAGUGCUUACAGCAAACAACACACAACUCACCUUUCCAGUUUUUCCAGAUCGGGAGGCUCGCUCAGAAAGAGGAAUUAUCGGAAUGCAGGGGACCGGGGGAGAACACCCAUGCUUACCUGGUUCAGAUGUGCCUUGGCACCGACACUGUGCCCGUGUAUGUUCGUGAUGGUUGAAUUCACGAGAAAGAGGUCGAUUCGUUUGUUAAGAAGGAGUAAGGAGCGGGUAAUGGGGCUUAUUUCGAUUUAAACAACAACAACAAUACAAAUAAUAAUAAUACAACGCAAUUACAAAUAAAAAUGGAUAACCAGAGAGAGGAAACACCGUCAAAGUCUAUUAAAAACAAAGUACCGAAACGCAAGGAAAAGAAACACAAAUCCCGGAAGCUGUUAAGAAGGAAAUCUCUCAAAUCGGUGGGGAACUUUAUGAACAGGGUCUUGAAAACUUUAAGCACUUUGGUUCACUUUGCGGACCUGAACCCGGCGGAGGCAGAGGACGAUGACGGCGGGUUUCGGGCUACCAUAGCACCUUGCACCUUAACAGCCAACCUGGGACACCUGAAGGAAGAAAGCCAGGGUGAAAAGAGUGUGACGCUAUCUUCCCAGGAGUCGGUCAAAGAAAGACUGUCUUGGUGCUUCGGGGAUAAGACCCCCGGCGUGCUGGGUUUGAAGAAUCAUGGCAACACCUGCUUUAUGAACGCAAUCGUCCAGUGCCUGAGCAACACUGACCUGUUUGCCGAAUAUCUCGGCUUGGAACAGUACAAAGUCGACUUAAGCCACAGGCAAGUUAAUGGCAUGUUGAAAAACGACGAUGCCUCACAAGUCAAGGGCGAGGUUACGAAACAGUUAGCAUCCUUAAUGAGGGCGCUUUGGACACUGGACUACACUCCUCAACUUUCCGUGGAAUUCAAGAAUACUGUCUCGAAGUACGGCUCCCAGUUCCGAGGGAACUCCCAGCACGACGCACUGGAGUUCCUGCUCUGGUUACUGGAUCAGGUCCACGAAGAUGUCAACUCCUCCCCUGGUAACACCAACACUACCAAACCCAUUGGGAAGACCCAGUCUGGAGAGGACACUCCUGGAGGGGGACAGCACGCCACCGGGACCCCCGGGAGUCAGAGCUUCGUGCGGGAGCACUUCCAGGCUCAGUAUAGGUCAUCACUGACCUGCCCUCACUGCCUUAAACAGAGCAACACCUUUGAUCCUUUCCUGUGUAUCUCCCUGCCCAUCCCCUUGAGACAGACCAGGCCCCUGUACAUUACCUUGGUCUUCCACACCAAAGGCCAGCGGUACCAGCGGAUCGGCCUGGCUGUGCCUCUGUUUGGCACAGUGGCUUCUCUUCGAGAGAUGGUGUCAAUGGAGGGAAAGAUCACUCCUGAGCAGGUGAUUCUGGCAGAGGUCUACUCCAACGGGUUCCAGCGCUCGUUCUACAAUGAGGAGGAGCUAACCAGCAUCGCUGAGAGUGACAACAUCUACGCGUUCCAGGCGCCCCCUGUUGUCAGCAGGGGGGGGUCCACCCGGCUCUCAGGUUACCAUCACAGCCUGCCCUCGUCCCCAUAUUCCUCCGGUCCUGAAGGUCAAAGGUUACCUCCCACGGGCACUUUAUCCUCGGAGUUCCUGAACCACAGCAGCUCUGGGAAGGUUCUGCUUCUCAUCUGCAAUGCGGCAGGGUCUGGAGAGCAAGUGGUCAGGUUCGGCCCCCCUUUCCUCAUGAGAGAAGACAGAGCGAUCUCCUGGGACCAGCUACAGCAAUGCAUACUCAGCAAAAUGUACUAUCUGAUGAUAAGCGAGACGCAGACGCAGAAUGUUGGGGUUCUGUUCCGAAUCCGAGUGGUGGGAGGAUCCAUCACUUGCAGCUACCUAUCGCCCCAGGACAGCCGACCUCUCUACCACCCCGCGGUGGACAGGGCGCUGAGGUUAUGUGGGCCGGGUGGACCCCCACAUGUGAAGCUGGUGAUUGAGUGGGAUCACAAGGCCAAAGAGGGUUUGUUUGGGAACAUCCAGGAGGAGGUGGUGCAGGACGCGGAGAGCGUGCGGGCCCAGCAGCAGCAGCAGCACAGCUGCACCCUGGACGAGUGCUUCCAGCUCUACACCAAAGAGGAACAGCUUGCCCCGGACGAUGCCUGGAAGUGCCCCCACUGCAAGCAGCUGCAGCAAGGCAUGGUGAAGAUGAGCCUGUGGACCCUGCCUGACAUCCUCAUCCUGCACCUGAAGCGCUUCCGGCAGGUCGGGGAGCGGCGCAACAAGCUGUCCUCGCUGGUGCGCUUCCCCCUCGCCGGCCUUGACAUGACGCCUCACAUGGUGAAGAGGAGCCACAGCUCCUGGAACCUGCUGAGCCCCUGGCCGUCGGGGAAAGCGCCCCAGCAGCACCAUGACUUCCUGUACGACCUGUACGCCGUGUGUAACCAUCACGGGGGCAUGCACGGCGGCCACUACACAGCUUACUGCAGGAACUCCGUGGAUGGACAGUGGUACAGCUAUGAUGACAGCAGUGUGGAGCUCAUUCCCGAGCAGGAGGUGAGCACCAGAGGAGCCUACAUCCUCUUCUACCAGAAAAGGAACGUCAUUCCACCCUGGUCAGCCAGCAGCUCUGUCAGAGGCUCCACAAGCUCCUCGAUGUCGGAUCACUGGCUGAUUCGCCUGACUGAAGAUAGUAUGAGGAGGAGUGUAGUCUCCAGGGCGUCCACGAACUGCGUCUCCCCGCCAGGCUCCCCCGAAUCCCCCGUCUUCCAGGACAAGCCCCUCAAGGAGGAGAGAGGAGGUUUUGACACCAGACCCAUUGUUCGCGGUAUCCAGGGAAGGACUGUCAGCAUGCGGACACCGACCAAAACCAAGGAGAGCCUGACCAAAGCGCUGCCCCUGCGCUGGUCCUUCGGAGCCAAGGAGAGACCCAAGCCAGUCCCAGGGGAGCUGGUGGAGUACUUGGAGUCGGGGCGUAGACCCAGGUGCACGAAAGAUUCUAUCGUUCCCCUGAUGACGGUCAGCACUGACGAGAGUGGCGUGCCGGCAGGGGAACCACAACAGGCAUCUGUCAGCCCUUCCGGGAGAGUGAGCAUGAGCUGCAUGGGGAGGACCAACGAGGAGCCUCUAGAUCCCUCAACCAAAGUGCCAGAGGGGCAACAAAGACAGCCACCGGCCAACGAGAAGACCAGCACCUUGCGGAGCAGCGGCAAGCUGAAGGAAGACAGCAUCUUAACCAUGAGAGGGUCAAAAAAGACGGCCUGCAAAGCAGAAUCUGUCGCCAGCUUGUCUCAAGGAAGGCCUGAAGACCUCCAGCCUAACGGGGCCGGGAGGAGCUCCAGCAGGGAGUUCCAGUCCCACAGCCGGGAGAACACCCUGAGGAGAAGCAAAGGUCUGCUGGGGAAAAGCGGGGAUCAGGAGCCGCUGUCACUGGAGAAAAGGAGGGGGAGGAAGAGCGAAGAAGUGAAGUCGAGCGAGGGGAAGUUCUCCAUCUUUAAAAGCAGCUUCCUAAAGAAGGAUUACAAAAAGCCCAGGGAACCCGAGACGUACCGGAGCGCUGAAAUUGUUAACGAGUCACCAAGGACGUCUUUGUCCAACGGGACGCUGAACAGGGCGACACAGGGCAAGGUCAACGGGGCUCCGGGCAGCAGGUACAAGGAGGAGCUGCCCAAUGGCAGGGUCAGCCAGUCAGCUGUGGACAUCAAGCGCUGUCAGAGCUCAUCCAACAUACAGAGCAAGGGGGACCUGGCCUUGAGGAGAACUGCCUCUCUACACAAGAAUGGACUGGCCCCCCAGCAACCCAGGAGCGUGCACACUGAAAAGCAUGACUACGCCACCUUGCAGAGAACCAGGUACAGCACCUCGUCUCUGGGCAGAAAGAAGUCAGUGCCUGAAUCGAGCUUCUGAACCACGAGACAUGCAAGUGUCAGUAUGAAGCAAUAGAACCUGUGCACAUGCACCUUCAUGCUUUUUAUUAGAGAGAGAUGCACUGUUUCUUUCCAGAGGUAUCAAAUGGACUGCCCUUACUGUACAUUAAGAACCUUCUCACCCUCUCUCAAAGAAAAGCAUGUGGGUGCUUUACCUUGACUCCUGAGAGAGUUUGACGCCCUAGAACACAUCUGCGCAGUUGUAAUGGAAAAGAUAGUGGGGAUUGAAUUUACGCUGGUUUUGUGGGUAUUGUUACUCUUUAAAUAUCACAGAUAUGUAUCCAGGGAAAACGUGCUGCUAUAGUGGAGUAAGGGAUGUAAGAUCCAGGGGCGUGAAUGAUCGAGAAGGGAUUUAGAAGUGUCGGUGGAAUGUAAAAGCAAGUGUUAUUCCAUUCCUCAUUUUUCCUGGGGGGUAAAAAAUGUACAUUUGGGGGAAUUAUAAAUUCUUUCAAAAAACUAAGGGAAUCAGGCACAGUCGUAGUUAUUUGGAUUAAUGUUGCAUAGUAUGAGAUCUUAUUUCCACAAAUGAGUUUCUUAUUUCCGCUAAUAGGAAAGUUAGUCUCAUUCUGCGAUUUGGGGUUAGCAGCACAGCUUCACAGUGGAACAGCGUGCGAUUACAUGCUUUCUAGCACAGACAUUAAAGAGUAAGCAAACAUGACAGAGAAAAUGUGUAAUAGCAAAUGAGAAUUCUAUGCAGGUACGGCAAUAAAAUAGCAGGAGGGGUUAUAUAUACCAAUAAAAUUAUUACUGCCAGUUUCAAGUGUAGGGAUUGUCCAUACAGAAAGAACAAACAAAUGGUUGAAAAUUUGUAAAACAAAAACAAAUAACUCUGAACGCCUUAUAAAUAAAAUAGGAUAUGAAUUUCUGGCUGCUGAGUAUAAGAGGAGCUACAGUUAAGUCUUCUAAUAACAUGACUGAUUAUUGGUACUGACAAACUGUUAUAGUGCCGGGGACUUCACAGUACAGGCUGAUUUUCAACAGUGCAGUAACGUGUUUACAUUCCCAGUUCGACUGUUAAAAAUAUCUUGUUUUAUAUUUGUGAAAAAGCACACAGACAUUCUCUGGAAUGUGGACAUCUGCAAAAAUUGUGCGGGAAAAACAGACACACAAACAGACACACACACACACACACACACACACACUUUAAUAUGCACCAUUUGUUGAAAAUAUUUCUUGCCAGCAAACAUUUUACAUUUUCCAAAAUGCAUAUGUCAUAAUGUAACCCUACACUGCAAUCCUUAUCAUUGUAACAUCUCUGAAACCCCUUGACACUGUCCAGCUGGGCUGAGUACAAGUUGGGAGACCCAUUGUGUAAUACGGCACACUUGAGGCAGGGUAAAUCAAGGAGCUUUUUUAAUGAUCUAAACAGUGGCUGAUCUAAAUGUCGCCGCUCUUUAACACUGUGUUAAUCCUGCUGCUGAUUUAUUGACCUGCUUAUUAACAUCACUAAAUACAAUUUGAAAAAUACUGUCAAAUGAGGUCCAUGAACAAUCAGGUUUAAAAAUGUUAGGGUGCUAUUAAGAUCAUUAACAUAGACUCCACGGUGUUAGCCAUGAAAGCAGAUGUCAUUAAAACAGCACAAGGCCCUUCCAGUGCAGAGACAUGAGUAGAAACCAUCACUGGAUUCAGCAGCAAAGCGUGUAUAUAACACUCCUAGGAUGAAUGAACAUUUUGCAAGCAGGCACAGUUACAUGUAUUUGUUAUAUUGAAGCAUUACUCCUGCCCACUUCAUUAUUGACUUUGCCAACCUACAGGUUCCCAAGUGAGUUCGAGCAAACAAAGGAAUUAGAGGAUGCCGAAAGCAAAGGAGAUUUUUCUAUCUUGUAUAUGCCAGAAACCCUGCAUGGUCCGGAGUCGAUUUUCCGGACUUCUAACCUUUGUACAAGGGAAAAGGAGUCUCCCGUUUGAUCCGCUGAUCCGUUACAGGUUUUGUUCUGAGCUUAGCUAAACUGACCUGUACACUGUGGCUUAGGCUCUAAGUAAAACCUGGAAUGGAUUCAAAAGCAAUGGAAUGGGAGUUUUAUUUGUACCACAGUGUACCAGAGCCUCUGCAAAAAAUAUACCACGCUGUGUAGUUUUUUUCUUAAUUGGGCCCUAUCCACAAAACUAUAGGAACUGUUCAGAAUGAUUUUAUAAACAUUCCCUUUCUGAAAGUUUCAUGAACUGCCAACUUGAUUUCAUAAAUCAAAAUUCCUCAAAAUAGUAUUCUUAUAUAUUUUCUGUGUGUAUGUUUCUUCAGUCCCGUCCAUGCAGGUUUAUCUACAGUGAUAUCCUGCAAUGUAACCUGAAGAAACCCAAGCCAUUAAAGGGUGUGGGUAUUCUGAAGGCUGGUUGACUACCUCAGAUAGUAUUCCUGACUUUAUUAGAUAAGAUUGUUAAAGGUUAUAUAUGGAAAAUGUCAACCCUGCCUAUUGUCAAUUCUGUUUUGGUGGAAAAGAACUGAGAUUGAAAUUAUCCCUUUCACUGAAAUAUAUUGAGAGAGGGGAGAAUAUAAUUAAACACCUCGGAAUCUGUGAGCUUCUCCGUA